GUCUACGUUCGUAGCAUUUGUGACCCGGAAGUGACCUCACCAAGUUCUUCCUGCAGCAAGACCGGCAAGAUGGCGGCCGACACGCAGGUUUCAGACACACUGAAGAAAUUUGCUGCCAAUGUGACCACAGCCAGUGUGAAGGAGCGCAAGGAGAUCUUCGGGGCGCUGAAACGGUGCACAAAGGGCAAAGAGUUACCGGAGCCGGCCAUCAAAGGAUUAUGCAAGCUCUUCUGUCUCACGCCGCACAGAUACCGAGAUGCCGCAUCCCGCAGAGAGCUGCUCUCCGUCAUCUCCCAGCUGGCUGAAACCCAGCCGGACGUCCUGGUGACGAGCCUCCUCCACAGCCUGCUGAACAGCGGCGUCAUCAGCAAGACCGGGCAGCCCAGUAAAAGCGCCGGUUCUGCUGCCUUCAUCGGGCUGUCCUGGACCUGUCUGUUGGUCCCCGCUGUGUUCUCAACCCCAGAGAAAAAAGAAGGACCGGUCUGGAAGAAGAUGGUGGAGGUUCAGAGCCUCCUCGUGGCGGAGGUGGUGGGCGGUGCCAAGACCACGGCCCAGAAAUCCAGCCUCAAGAACCUCAGCAACCUCUGGAAGCAAAACCCGGGUCUGGUGGAUCAGUACGUCGGCACCCUGCUGAGCCUGGAUCAGAGCCCCACCACUCUGGCCAUGCUGGGCGUGUGUCUGGACUUCUGCACCGCGCAGAAAGAGAAGGCUACCAUAGAGAAGCACAAGAGUGCCGUGUUGGACCUGUACAUCAAGUCAGUCCUCAUGAGUAAAACCAAACCCCAGCUGCACAUCCUGGACCGAAGCAGCUCCUUCCUGCGUCACGUGUCCCACUCGGAGUUCAAGGACCUGCUGCUCCCGGCUCUGCAGAAGACCAUGCUGCGCAGCCCGGAGAACGCCAUGCAGACUGUUUCCUGCCUGCUGUCGGCUCUCACUCUGGACCUCAGUCAGUACGCCAUGGAUAUCGGAAAAGCCAUCGCAAGCCAGCUGAAGGCUAACAACGUGCAGCUGAUGGAGGAGGCGGUGCAGGCCAUGCAGAACUUGGCGCAGCAGUGCAGUGAUCCGUCUGCCGUGCAGGACAUUGUCACACACCUGUUCAAGAUCCUCGGAGGGUCCGAGGGAAAGCUCACAAUUGUUGCCCAGAAGAUGAGUGUGUUGUCGGGCAUCUCCAGCUGCAGCCAUCACGCCGUGUCAGGAACCUCCAGCCAGACGCUGAGCGCCGCCGUUGCUGUGAUGUUCAUCCCUUACCUGCAGCAGGAAGUUCACGAGGGAACCCUGGUGCAUGCGGUGUCGGUGCUCUCUCAGUGGAGCGUCCGCCUCACCGUGGAAGUUCCCUCCGCUCUGCUGGACUGGCUGAAGAAAGCAUUCAGCCUGAAGACCUCCACCUCGGCCGUGAGACACGCCUACCUGCAGACCCUGCUGGGCGCCUUCAGAGGAGACACUCUGGCUCAGGCCUCCGACCUCGUGCCGCUGCUCCUGCAGACCGUGGAGAAAGCUGCGGCACAAAACUCCCAGCAUGCUCUGCUCUCAGAAGCUGUGGCAGCUUCGGUUCUGCUGAGUCGACUCGCACUGCUGGAGACACAGACGGAGGCGAAGUACUCCAACUUCUGGAGCCUGAUCUUGGAUGAGAAGAAGCCGCUGUUCACCACGGAGAAGUUUCUCUCUCAGGCCAACGACGAAACUCUGCUCACCAUGCUGCAGCUCUGUGAGAGGCUCUUCCUGGAUCACGCUCACAGGUUCAACAACAGCAAAUCACACAUGUAUCAUCGCGCCACGGUCGCCGUCAUUCUGUCUCACAGCUAUCGAGUGAGGAAGCGAGCGCAGCAGACCGUCAGGAAGCUCCUCUCCUCUCUGGGUGGGUCCGGCCUGGCGCACGGCCUUCUGGGAGAACUGCGCGUGGUCAUCAACAAACACAAAGUGUUGCCGCAGGACGCCCUGGUGUCUGACUCCGGAGAGCUGACGGAGGUCGGGCGCAGCUACAUCCCCCCCCGGGUGCUGCUGGACGCCCUGUGUUUGGUCUGCUCCUCCGCCAGCCAAUGGGGCGACGCCAACGAAGCCGAAAACAUGGCCAUGGAGACCCUCAUAGUCACCCAUCAUCCAUCCAUAGUCCAGGUGCGCAGCGGACUCUGGCCCUUCCUGCUGCGCUCCAUGAACUUAAAGACAGGAGAGUUCAUAGAGAAGAAUCUGGAGGAUAUUUUGCCACGACUCCUAGAGGUCAACGCUGAGAACCAGGCGGUGAAAAAUGCAGUCGGUGCCCUCUGUGGUCUCUCCCCAACCAAACUGUUACCCAGAGUCAUGAGUCAUGUGAUCGACGGGCUCAGCCGCCCCGCUCUGCUCCACGUCACCAGGGAGGAGUACGCCAUCAUGCUGACCCCCGAGGGAGAGCUGUACGACAACAGCAUCAUGGAGAGUGCCCAGAAGGAAACCUCCAAUAAGGGUAACAUGAAGAGAGAGAACAAGGCGUACUCCUACAAAGAGCAGAUCAUCGAGCUGGAGCUACAGGCGGAGCUGAAGAAGAAGAAGGGCAUCAAAGAGGAGCUGCAGCUGAGCAGCAAACAGAAGGAGAUGAUCCAGAUCCAGCAGGACAGGGAGGCCGCCAUCCGCAAGAGGCUCCAGCUGCUGGACACUGAGCUGCAGAGUGCCGUGGGUCUGCUGGAAGCCGCUCUGAUAGAGAGACCCGCUCAGAUCACCGUUGAGCUGCCGGCCGUGCUGCAGGUCCUCCUCCCCCUGCUGCCCUCCCCCCUCGCUGCCCCACGCAUCCUGCAGGUGUACCUGGACAUUGCCGUGUGCCUCAUGCCCAAAAACUUCCGCUCCCUAGCUGAGCUUGUGGGUCAUGUGACUCUGCGCCUGCUGAAGCCGGAGUGUGAUCUGGACCCGGCCUGGGAGCAGGAGGAUCUGGACACGGCAGCAAACAGAACCAUAAUGCUGCUGCACCAUCAUACCGUCCCUCAGAGAGACUCCAAGGCAGCCGAUGUGGCUCCACUGUCGGCUCCUGCGUUCUGCAUCUGCUUCCCCCUCCUGAACGCGGUGGUCAGGAAGUCUUCGGGCAGCACCGAGGAAGAGGAGAGCCUGGUGAUCCGAGCGCUGCAGGUCAUAAGCGAGCACUGCCAGCUCCGCUCAGCCGCAGACAGCGACGACAUGCAGAUAGACGAGACCGGCCCAGAGCUGCUUCCUCGUGUGAGCAUGCUGCUGCUGCUCAUCAGAGUUAUUUCCACAGCCACCCCCAGACUCCAGGUGUUGGCGUCUCAGUGUCUGACAGCGCUGUGUUCGAGUGCCGGAGGAGAGGACGGCUGCACGGUGGCCGAGCAGCAGGAGAUCGACGUCCUGCUCGACGGCCUCCUGUCGCCCUGCUUCUCUGUGCGCGACGCGGCCCUCAGGGGGUUGUGUGAGAUGGAGUUCGCUCUGCCCACAGAGAGCACGGAGGACAGCGGGCUGAGUUUGCUGCGCAGACUGUGGGUCACCAAGUUCGAUGUGGAGGAGGAGUGCCGAGCCCUGUCUGAAAAGCUGUGGGAGUCUCUGGGUCUGGAGCUGGUGCCCGACCUCUGCUCGCUGCUGAUCGGAGACGUCACUCACCACGAGGAGGCGGUCCGCUCCGCUGCAGCCGAGGCUCUGUCCAGCGCCGUGUCCCAGUACAGGGAUCAGGCCCCCUCUGUGUUAGCGCUGCUCACAGAGCUCUACCACGAGAAACUCUAUAGACCCCCUCCUGUACUGGAUGCCCUCGGCAGAGUCAUCUCUGAAGCUCCACCCGACCAAUGGGAGGCCAGGGGGGGCAUUGCUCUGGCUCUGAACAAGUUGUCUCAGUACCUGGAUGAACCUCAGGUGACGCCUCUCUUCCUCUUCUUCGUUCCGGACGCUCUGAACGACCGGCACCCCGAGGUGCGGCGCUGCAUGCUGGACGCCGCGCUCUCUGCGCUCAACACACACGGAAAGGACAACGUGAGCUCCCUGCUGCCGGUGUUCGAGGAGUUCCUGAAGAACGCUCCGCAGGACGCCAGCUACGACUCCGUGCGUCAGAGCGUCGUCAUCCUGAUGGGAUCCCUCGCCAAACAUCUGGAUAAAAACGACCCCAAAGUCAAACCCAUCGUGGCCAAGCUCAUCACGGCUCUCUCGACACCCUCACAGCAGGUGCAGGAGUCUGUCGCCGGCUGCUUGCCUCCGUUGGUCCCGGCCAUCAAGGAGGACGCUGCAGGCAUCGUGAGGAACCUGCUGCAGCUGCUGCUCGAGAGCGACAAGUACGCCGAGAGGAAAGGCGCCGCCUACGGACUGGCCGGACUCGUCAAGGGUCUCGGCAUCCUGGCGCUCAAACAGCAGGACAUCAUGACCACGCUGACCGACGGCAUCCAGGACAAGAAGAACUUCAGACGCAGGGAAGGAUCGCUGUUUGCCUUCGAGAUGCUGUGCAACAUGUUGGGGAAGCUGUUCGAGCCGUACGUCGUCCACGUGCUGCCUCACCUCCUGCUCUGCUUUGGAGACGGAAACCAAUACGUCAGAGAGGCUGCAGAUGACUGUGCGAAGGCGGUGAUGAGGAACCUGAGCGCCCACGGGGUGAAGCUGGUCCUGCCCUCCCUGCUGGUGGCCCUGGAGGAGGAGUCGUGGCGAACCAAAGCAGGUUCGGUGGAGUUGCUCGGUGCGAUGGCGUUCUGCGCCCCCAAGCAGCUGUCCUCCUGUCUACCCAGCAUCGUGCCCAAGCUGACCGAGGUGCUGACCGACUCCCACGUGAAGGUGCAGAAGGCCGGCCAGCAGGCGCUGCGCCUCAUCGGCUCCGUCAUCCGCAACCCCGAAAUCCUGGCGAUCACCCCCAUCCUGCUGGACGCCCUCACCGAGCCGUCCCGCCGGACUCAGACGUGUCUGCAGACGCUGCUCGACACCAAGUUCGUCCACUUCAUCGACGCCCCGUCCCUCGCCCUCAUCAUGCCCAUCGUGCAGAGAGCCUUCCAGGACCGCUCCACCGACACCCGCAAGAUGGCGGCGCAGAUCAUCGGCAACAUGUACUCCCUCACCGACCAGAAGGAUCUGUCCCCCUACCUGCCGAGUGUUAUUCCUGGACUGAAGGCCUCUCUGCUGGAUCCUGUUCCUGAGGUGCGUACAGUUUCGGCUAAAGCUCUGGGAGCGAUGGUGAAGGGGAUGGGAGAGUCGGCCUUCGACGACCUGCUACCAUGGCUCAUGGAGACCCUCGCCUCGGAGCAGAGCUCUGUGGAUCGCUCCGGAGCCGCACAAGGUCUGGCGGAGGUGAUGGCCGGCCUCGGGGUGGAAAAGUUGGACAAGCUGAUGCCGGACGUUGUGAACACAGCCAGCAAGGUGGACAUCGCCUCCCACGUGAGAGACGGCUACAUCAUGAUGUUCAUCUACCUGCCGCUUACCUUCGGGGACAGAUUCACGCCCUACGUCGGGCCCAUCAUCCCCUGCAUCCUCAAGGCUCUGGCGGAUGAAAACGAGUACGUGAGGGACACGGCGCUGAGAGCCGGUCAGCGAAUCAUCAGCAUGUACGCCGAGACCGCCAUCGCUCUGCUGCUGCCAGAGCUGGAGCAGGGUCUGUUCGACGACCUGUGGAGAAUCAGGUUCAGCUCCGUGCAGCUGCUGGGAGAUCUGCUGUUCCACAUCUCCGGAGUGACGGGCAAGAUGACGACAGAGACGGCCUGCGAGGACGACAACUUCGGAACGGCUGCGUCCAACAAGGCUAUCAUCGGUGCUCUCGGUGGAGAGCGGCGUAACCGGGUGCUCUCCGGCCUCUACAUGGGUCGCUCUGACACCCAGCUGGUGGUCCGACAGGCCUCCCUUCACGUGUGGAAGAUCGUGGUCUCCAACACCCCGCGGACCCUCAGAGAGAUCCUGCCCACCCUGUUCACUCUGCUGCUAGGCUUCCUGGCCUCCACCUGGUCCGACAAGAGAACGAUUGCUGCCCGUACGCUGGGCGAUCUGGUGAGGAAACUGGGAGAGAAGAUCCUCCCGGAGAUCAUUCCCAUCCUGGAGCAAGGCCUGCGCUCCGACAAGAGCGACGAGAGGCAGGGAGUCUGCAUCGGCCUGAGCGAGAUCAUGAAGUCCACCAGCAAGGACGCUGUGCUGGUGUUCUCCGAGUCUCUGGUCCCCACGGUGAGGAAGGCCCUCUGCGAUCCUCUGGAGGAGGUCCGAGAGGCCGCAGCCAAAACCUUCGAGCAGCUCCACGCCACCAUCGGACACCAGGCGCUGGACGACAUCCUGCCCACGCUGCUCAGACAGCUGGAUGACGAGGAGACGGCCGAGUUUGCUCUGGACGGACUGAAGCAGGUGAUGGCGGUGAAGAGUCGCUCUGUGCUGCCCUACCUGGUGCCAAAGCUCACGGCUCCUCCGGUGAACACGCGUGUGCUGGCCUUCCUCUCUGCUGUGGCCGGGGACGCUCUGACUCGUCACCUGGGGGUCAUCCUGCCGGCGCUGCUCGCCUCGCUCAAAGGGAAGCUGGGCACAGAAGAGGAAGCUCAGGAGCUGUUAAACUGUCAGACGGUGAUCCUGUCGGUGGAGGACGAUGUCGGGCAGCGGAUCAUCAUCGAUGACCUGCUGGAGGCGACGCGCGGCACCGACGCCGGCAUCAGGCAGGCGUCCGUCACCGUCCUGAACGCAUACUUCGCCCGCACACGCCUGGACUACAGCGCGCACACGCGCAACCUGCUGUCGGGACUCAUCCGCCUGCUCAACGACUCCAACCCCGACGUGCUGCUGCAGAGCUGGGACACAAUCAACUCCAUCACCAAGAAACUGGAUGCGAGCAGCCAGCUGGCGAUGAUCGAUGAUCUGCAUCGAGACAUCAAGUCAGCCGCUGCAGACGUGAAGGGACAACACCUGCCCGGCUUCUGUCUGCCAAAGAAGGGUGUGACCUGCAUCCUGCCGGUCCUCAGAGAGGGGGUCCUCACCGGAACCCCGGAGCAGAAAGAGGAGGCGGCUAAAGCUUUAGGAGGCCUCAUCAAGCUGACCUCCCCCGAGGCGCUGAGGCCCUCGGUGGUCAACAUCACGGGGCCCCUCAUCCGAAUCCUGGGAGACCGAUUCGCCUCGACAGUGAAGACGGCUCUGCUGGAGACCCUCACCCUGCUGCUGGCUAAGGUGGGCAUCGCCCUGAAGCCCUUCCUGCCUCAGCUGCAGACCACCUUCCUGAAGGCGCUGCAGGACUCCAGCCGGGCGGUGAGGCUGCGAGCGGCCGAGGCUCUGGGUCAGCUCGUCUCCAUCCACACCAAGGUCGACCCGCUGUUCACCGAGCAGCUGUCGGCCAUCCGCAACGCCGAGGACGCCGGAGUCAGGGAGACGAUGCUGCAGGCCUUGAGGUUUGUGAUCCAGGGCGCCGGGUCGAAGGUGGACCCAGCUAUCCGCAAGAACAUCACCACCACGCUGCUCGGCAUGCUGGGACACGAUGAGGAUGCAACCCGUAUGGCUUCGGCGGGCUGCGUCGGGGAGCUGUGUGCCUUCCUGUCGGAGGAGGAGCUGAAGAGUGUGUUACAGCAGCACGUCUUAGCGGACGUUUCUGGAGUGGACUGGAUGGUGCGUCACGGCCGCAGUCUGGCCAUGUCCAUCGCAGUGAAGUGCGCCCCUGAGAGGCUGUGUGGGGGGGAGUACUGCGAGACCGUGACGGAAACCAUACUAACCAACGCCACUGCAGACAGGAUUCCCAUUGCCACCAGUGGGAUCCGAGCGAUGGGAUUCCUGAUGAGGCAUCAGCUGAGAACGGAGGGGGGGGGCAGUGUUUCCCAGCGCUUCAUCACACAGCUGGUCAAGUGUCUUCAGAACCAGUCCAGUGACAUCCGGCUGGUGUCAGAGCGGGUACUUUGGUGGGUGUUCAAAGAGGAGGCGACGCCCUCCAUGGAGGCCAGCCUCAUCAAACCGCUGCUGAAGAGCCUGCUGGACAACACCAAGGACAAGAACACCAGCGUCAGAGCGCAGAGCGAGCACACCAUCGUCAACCUGCUGCGCCUCCGACAGGGCGAGGAAACCAUGCAGAGUGUCACUUCCAUCCUGGACUCUGCGAGUAACGACCUGCUGGCAGAGUGUCACCGCCGCUCACUGAAGAAGAUCGCCAGCCAGCCAGACUCCAUCGAGGAGAUCGACGACACCAUCCUCACGUGAUGGACCAGGACUGAGCUAUGAAGCUAUCUCUCGAGUGCAACCCCACACACACACACACACACAUAUACGCACACACACACCAAACACGCCCAUGUUGCCUUUCAUGGACCACGGCUGAGAUGUGUUUUUCCCACAGAAUCCCCAACAAACAAAUUUUCUUUUUGACUCAUCGUUUUAGCGGCCUUUAAACCCAAUUUCUAACUUUUCCUUCUUAUUUUAUCUGUUAGUGCAGGUUGGUCUCCUGCGUUACACAAAGACACAAUGCCAACUUUGUUUUGAUGUUGCAGUGUUUUGCUACUUAUUUUACCCAGAGGAUUUCAGUGAUUUGAGACGCCGCCGCUGUGAGGAAACCCCAGUCUUUAACUUUUAUUUGGAGUUUGUGUGUGAGAGUGGUUUGGGGGGGGGGAAUGCAACCUCUUAUAAGAAUACAUUCAAUCAUUCUUAUGUCAGUAAAACGGUUAUAAAGAAACAAAAAGGCAAAACUAAAUAAAAGGAUCUUGAUUUCAUAA